GUGACACUCAGGCUCAGAGCGUAGAGGGAUCGGGGAGAGGAUUUUCCAUCAGGGGAGUGGUUCAUAUCAAGAAGGAGGUGAGGAAAGGGAACGAGAAGAGACUGAUUAGGAAGGGGCGUGCUUUGGAGCCCGGAAGCGAUGGGCGUGGCUGUUCGUAAUGGGUGUGGCUUGUUCCGUAGGGGCGGGCUGUCAGGGAUAGGCCGAAUGAUUUUCACCAGCAAAGGGGCGGGACCGCGUCGAGGUGGCUUGACGAGUGUGCGGCCCUGUCUCGUUCGGAAGUUCGGUUAGAGACCGGAGCCUUUGGCUAGGGUUGGAGCUGCGGCCUCCUUCCUCCGAUUGGCCGGGUUAGGUUGAAGGCCGGAACCGGAAGCUCCAGCUCCGCUUUUGGGCCUCCGGCCCCUCCGCUCUCCCCUUCCAUCGCCGGCGGGGCUUGUCUUUUCAGUCCUGGGGGCGACGCGGCCAGACUUCCGGAGCCCCCACCAUGGAACCCUCCGCGCCAGCGCUGACCGAGGAGGACAUGGCCGAAGUAAAAAAGGAUGCUCUAGAAAAUCUGAGGGUGUAUUUAUGUGAAAAAAUCAUAGCUGAGAGACAUUUUGAUCACCUUCGUGCAAGGAAAAUACUCACUAGAGAGGACACUGAAGAAAUUUCUUGCAGAACAUCAAGUAAAAAAAGAGCUGGGAAGCUGUUGGACUACUUACAGGAAAACCCUAAGGGACUUGACACUCUAGUUGAAUCUAUUCGUCGAGAGAAAACACAGAGUUUCCUAAUAGAGAAGAUCACAGAUGAAGUGCAGAAGCUAAAAAUUCUAAAACUGGAGUACUUGAAAGGAUUACACCAUAAUAGCUAUAUGCCUCUUCCACCUGGAACAACAAAUAGUCUGUCUAGAUUAGAUUCUAAUGAGUGUAAUUUCUCUGACAAGUUGAAAGACGGAGAAGCCACUGUUGUUUACCAUCCUACAGGAGAGUCUAGCACAGCCUCCUUCUAUUCCAACAAUUCUUUAUUGAAUUUGCCUGUUGUAGAAGUGGGCAGAACCGAAAAUAGUGUUUUCUCCUCCACUCCCCUUCCUGGACCUGGAGACCCUGGGGCUCCUCCUCUGCCAUUAGAACCACAGUCAGAAGAAGAAGGAAACUGCAAUGAUCUGUUUCUUCCCUUAAGGUCACGUUCUUUUUGCCAACAAUAACAGCUUACCACUUCUUUUAAAAAGCUACUACAGAAAUAUUUAAGGGGGUUUAUAAAACUUUAAGAAAACAGUUAUUGUAAAAGCUUACUAACAAUCUCCUGUAGCAUUUUUAUUAUAUUUUUAUGCUGUGUAAAUGGAGUGUUAAUGCAUUUUUAAGAAAUUAAAUAUAAAGCACAUUUUGAUUAUGUAUACUUUUUACUUUUCCAACUUUUCCAUUUUUUUAUUUUUUAGGGAUUUUUGUGGGGUUUUUUAAUGCGCUUUCAAUCAAAUUUUUAUGGUUGGGGACAAUUUCUUCAUGUGACCUCAUAGUUUAGAGGUUGACUCUUUUCUGUAAUUGAACCUGUUGCUGACUUGUGAAGCUCCUGGUAGAACCACCACUGACAUAGGUUUUGCCCCAAGGGCAAUGUGUGCAAAGAUAUAGUCCUUCUUUAAUGUAUAUAAUGCCUCUUCCCCUUCAUAUAACCUAAUGUGCCAGUAUCUCAUAAUUUGAUAAAAUACGCUCAUCCUCAGUGACUUUAAUGCCUAUCACAAGACAUUUUUAUAUUCUCAUAUUCUCUUAUUCCUAAAAAAAGAACUAUUUUAUAGCAUCAAUGAAAUAGCAUUAUUUUCCUAGGGAAAUUCAAUUUUCUUGAAUAUUGCUUGAAAUAAGUGGAACAUUUGCUGGCAAUCUGGUCAUAUAGUCUUGUCAUUUAGCAUAAUUGAAUGUUACCUCCAUUACUCUUGUCACAUUUUAUCUCUUCUGUAACUAAAUUUGUUAUUAUCUACUAAUCAAUUCCAUAUAUAAAAUCUUUUUUAACCAUGUUUAAUUUUGCAGUAGAAAAAAGUAAUGAAAAUACUGUUCAGUCAGUAAAUGUUAAGCAUCUAUUAUAUGGAUGCAAAUAUGAAACAGAAAAACAGUUCCUACUCCCUCAGAGCUUACAGUCUAAUGGAAUAAGACAUCACCUCAAAGGAAGGUAAAAGGCACUGGAAUAAUGUAAGAAAGGGUUAUACCCAGUGUUAGGGCAUGAUGGAGACCUAAAGGAAUGUAACCUGGCAGGAAAUGAAGAGAUGCCAAGCCUGGAUUCCCACCUAAUCAGAGGGACUCUUGGGCAGAGGGUAUUGAUGAGGUGGGAGUACUGAGCCUGGUAUAAUCUUGCAGGAGGAUGAGUUUCUGAAUGUGUGAUGGAGAAGUUACUAUUUAUUAAUAGUCUGUUAAUAUAAUAGUGUUAAGGAUACUGUAAGGUUUUUAAAAGUUAAAUUUCCUUUAAGAAUCCAAAUGCCUGUUUCCAUUUUGAGAGCAAUAUACUAAACCUAAUUUAUCUUCAAGUGUUUGUGAUAUAUGUACUUCUAGAGAAAAAUUGUGAAUUGUCAGUCAUUUGUCCUACUAUAAUGUUUUUGUAAGAACAAUUCUGAAGAUUGAAUUAGUUUUGUAUUACUCAUGAUUACAUGAAAUAUUACAAGAAAAAAAGUUGACUUACAAAAUAGUUGUUUUUUAAGUUCCUUAAAUGGUCUUUGAAAUGUCUUCUGUCAGCUUUACAUACCUUCCUUAGUGCCUGUGUUGUUUCCCUGCUGAAAUAAACAUAGCCUGCCUGUCAGUUAUAAAUCAUUCUUAGAUUAUGAAUUUCUUACAAAAUUGUACUUCCCUUCUCCCCCUAAAAAAAGUCAGUACUGUUCAUUUCUUUGGGGAUGAGUAAAUAUAAGGUCCUUUUAAGUCAAAAAUCAUGUUUAUAUGUGUCUGUUUUACAGAAAACAGAGAAUCCAAAGUCACAAUUUAUUUGAAUUCUCUGGAAUAUUCCAUUUAUAAAUGCUAAUACAUUUAUACCUUAUUUUGGAUGUUAACUAAUUGCAAAUUAGUAGCAUAGUAAUACUAUCAGAACCCAAGUUUUUUAAUCCUUUAAAACACUGAAAUGAUUUGAAUUUAAACUCUUAAAAACUGACCAUCCCAAUUUUAGGGUCAAUUGAAAUACCUAGGAGAGGUAGAGUAGAGCUGCAGUCCUGUGCUGUGUCCCACAUAAUUAAAGCGCUUAUGUCAACCUCUUAGGAUCUCUUUUAAGUUGAAAGCUAUUAUAAAUUCUUCCCACCAAUACAUUUCCCCUUCAAGUAAGCAUUUCAUAUCAGUCUUAUUCACAUUAUCUUUUUUGUGGUCAUAGAUGAAAGGGAUUUUUAUAACCUGACUCAUGGCAUACACUUAUCUCAUGUGAAUAGAACUCUACUAGGUGCUGUACUGAUUACAGAGAAACUAUGAUAGAUAUCCAUCUCUGCAGGAGUUUGCACUGUUAAUAGAGAAAUUUAGUAUUUACAGAGAACAUAAAUUUUAUCAAAGAAUUUUUUGUUCAAUAUGAACAGCUUAAUAUUUCCCUCUCCCUUAUAUUCCACCUUACUGUUGACCAAAUCUGCUGCUAUAAAAAUUUAUAACUAGAAAUGAUUGACUAGAAACAUAAAAAUUUGUACUCAUUACUUUUCAAAGACCAGAAGGGAUCCUAUCAUUAUUAUGAUUUCUACUGAAAUCUGAAACUGGUCUAUUUCAACUCCCCAGCAGAGGGAGCAGUACAUAUUACAGAAAAAAUGCUUUUAAAUGAAAUAUAUUUCAAUUUAUUUCUAAAGUAUAUUCUGAAAACUUAUAUUGUAUCCAUACUAGAUCAUGUAAAUAUUAAAUUUUAAGUAGCGUUACUACUUUAAAAUAUUUUUCAAGUUUGUAAAGUAGAAAUUAAUUAUAUUUUUCUAGUACCUUAGUACAUUUGUCAUUGUUGAGCUUUAUUACUGAAGGAAAAAGACUUCUACUUAGUUUAUUUUCAAUGUUUUCGAGUUACCUGGAAAUUAAAGAAUUGUGUCACAAAAUUUCAAAAUAUUCUUAGUAGUAUAUUUGCACUAAAUUUUGACUGUGAAAUAUAACUAGAUCUGAAAAAUGUAGUCAUGCAGAUUCAAAUCUCUUAAGAUAUUUUGUAUACUGAAUGUUUAAUUUUCAGUGUUUCAGUUAAAAAUUCAAUUAAGCAGAAUGUUCUUGAUGGAAGAGGUGAUUAAAGAUCAUUCAAAAUACUUUAAUGUCAUAAUUGCAAAAGUAAAUGAUCACUGAAACAGUACUGUUAAAUGUUUGAGAGUUUCAGUCAAAUCCCUACUACACAGAAGUUUUAUGAGUUUCUUUUUUUGUGAUUUGCCUGUCUCUUGGCUGGGCCUUUGGCAGAGGCUAUCAUUGAUUUUAAAUAAGAUGGUUUGUAUUGUAAAGCAGGUAGUUCCAUUUAAAAUAUAAAGCAGCUCAUAUUUCCAAGCUAGUCAGAUAUGAUUAUUCAAAGUUAAAUAAGUUUCUUUUGGGCCUUCCUUGUGUGUGUGUGUGUGUGUGUGUGUGUGUGUGUGUGUGUGUUUAAUUUUUUAGCAGAAGACAGUGUGACUAGAAAUCAGAAAUAUGAAAUGGAUAAUAUAAAAAUGCAUUAUUGGAUGUAAGAGAAUUGGAGAUAUAUGUAAUACCUUAUUAGAGUUACCACAUGGGAAUAGAUUUUUUAAAUAUAAAGGCAUUUUUAAUAAAUAUGAAAAGCACUUUGCUACAUUAACCAAGACUGAAUAUUAGUUUCCUCAAGUAUUUCAUGACUAAAGUUUGAAAAAAUAUAUUUUUACCAUUCUUGUGACUAUUUUAAUAAAUACUUGUAUAAAGUUUUUCACUUUCAAGAAA